AUGUCAAAAAGUGAAAAGAAUAAAUUGGUAGUUCAAACCAGAAGUAGAACUGUGGUAAUACCAGAAUUUGUUGAAGAGGAUAUUGAAGACAGUGAGGAUGAAGAUUAUGAACCAUCAUCAGGAGAUAGCGAAGAUGAAGAACAAGAUGACACAACAACACGUAAAAGAAAAACUAAAGAUUCAGAUAAUGGUUCAAAUAAAAAAAGAGUAAUAGAUGUAGAUGCUGAAGUUGUUUUAAUUGAAAGUGACAAUGAUAAUGAUAAUGGUGAUGUUGAUGAGAAUACAGUAACAAUAGUAGAAGAAAAGACAGGUGUAGAUAAAAUUUGGGAGGAAAUGAAUAAAGAAACUACAACAACAACUACAACAACAACUACAGCCACUAAUGAAACCACUGAUACUAUAACAUCUAAUAAUAAUAAUAAUAAUAAUAAUAAUAAUAAUAAUAAUAAUAAUAAUAAUAAUAAUAAUAAUAAUAAUAAUAAUAAUAAUAAUAAUAAUAAUAAUAAUAAUAAUAAUAAUAAUAAUAAUAAUAAUAACAUAGAUAGUAAUACAACAACAACAACUACAGAUACUAACACCAAUGAACCCACAGAAUCAACUACACCACCACAAACAGUCUCAAUAUCAACAACAGUAGGAGUGGCAGCAGCAACAACAACAACUAUAAAUAAAUCGAAUAUAGAAACAGAGAUUGUGGAAUUUGCAGGUGAGAGAAUUGAAGUUAAAAAAUCAUCUCCUCCACCUCCAAAACCGAUGACAUCAAAAUCAAAAGGAGGAUUAAAUAAUUUAUUAUCAAAUUUAUCAAAACCAAAGAAAAUUAAUACAUUGGAAAAAUCGAAAUUAGAUUGGGAUAAAUUUAAAGAUCAAGAUGAAAAUGAAAAACAUAUAAUAGAACAACAAAAAAAAGAUGGUUAUUUAGAAAGAAAGAACUUUUUAGAUAAAGUAAUGAAUAGAAAUAAUAAUAAUAAUAAUAAUAAUAAUAAUAAUAAUAAUAAUAAUAAUAAUAAUAAUAAUAAUAAUAAUAAUAAUAAUAAUAUAAUAAUAUAA